AGGUCUUCUGUGCUGCAUUUGUGAAAUAGAGCAACUCCCACGACCGGCCGGCUCAGUCUGCUGCUGAGGGGGGGGCUCACACACUCUCACACACACACACACACAUUAACACUCCAGAACCUCUGCUGCAUAGUAGAAAACAGCAGUGUGUAGCGGGACACUGGAAUAAUUCAGGAGGGACAGAACUGCUCUGGGACUCACUAUGCUGCUGGACUCUCCAGGAGAAACUCAACUCCAGGGACUUUAACAGGACUCGCGUGCACCUGCUGUACAACUACUCCUGGUCUGAUGAUGUGGAGGGGAUGAGGUGUGCGAUGGCUGACCUGGACCUGCAGGCGCUCACAUCCUUAGUCAUGUGUUGUCUCUACCUCUGCAUUGACCAAGAUCAGCUCUGACCCCGCGUCUUCAACUCUUCUCCCCCCUCUCCCACUCACUGGCCCUGAAGACCUGGGUGCAACAUGGGAGGAUGCUUCUCCAAACUCAAACCAGUUGAAGUAAAAGUAGAACUCUCUCUCCUGGAAAAAGAAAAAGAGUUGGACGGACUAUCGCCGAACGGUAAAGCCAGUCCUUUUGCUGACUGUAGACCUAACGGGGCUCUGGGUCACGGCUCGGACGAUGACGCCACCCCGCUCCCUGUCUACCACAAGCCCCGGGACUACGUGGAGGCCUCUGUGUGUCACGUUAAAGAUCUGGAGAAUGGACAGAUGCGAGAGGUCGAUUUGGGAAGUGGCAGAGCUUUGUUGAUCAAAGAGCAUGGAGAGUUCUCAGCACUGGGCCACAAGUGUCCUCACUAUGGAGCUCCUCUAGUCAAAGGUGUGCUGUCCAAAGGACACGUGCGCUGCCCGUGGCACGGUGCCUGUUUCAACAUAGCCACCGGGGACAUCGAGGAUUUUCCUGGACUGGACAGUCUGCCGACCUUCCAGGUCAGAGUUGAAAAGGACAAGGUCAUCAUCCGGGCGAACAAGCAGGCUCUUCAGACACAGAAGAGGUUGAAGGCCAUGGCCAGAUGUUCAGCUGUCAUCAACUCCAGCACCGGCUUCAGUCAUGUCCUCAUUCUGGGGUCGGGUCCAGCAGGUCUGGUGUGUGCCGAGACUCUGAGGCAAGAGGGCUUCACGGACCGCAUCGUCAUGUGCACCAUGGACAGACACCCUCCGUACGACAGGCCUAAACUGAGUAAGUCCUUAGACAGCACCGCGGAGCAGCUGAGGCUGCGAUCCAUGGACUUCCUGCAAGAGCACGACAUUGAGCUGCUCACAGAAAAGGAGGCCGUGGCAAUCGACGUUAAAACCCGAACCGUGACCUUUGAAGAUGGACUGAAGAUGGAGUACAGGAAGCUGUUCAUUGCGACAGGAAGCAGACCCCGACCGUUGAACUACAAAGGCAAAGACGUGAGGAACGUGUUUCACCUCAGGACCCCUGAGGACGCCAACAGCAUAGCGAGGCUGGCGAAUAACAAGAACGCCGUGAUUGUGGGGACAUCUUUCAUCGGAAUGGAAGUGGCAGCAGCUCUGACUGACAAAGCUCACUCCAUCUCCGUCAUUGGCAUCGAAACGCUUCCAUUUAAAAAAGCCUUGGGAGAGAAAGUGGGGAAGGUCAUCAUGAAGCUUUUUGAAGCCAACCGGGUCAAGUUCUACAUGCUGAACGAAGUGUCGGAGAUGAUUGGGCAUCAUGGACAGCUGAAGGAGGUGGUGCUCAAGAGCGGGAAAGUGCUGCGUGCAGACGUGUGCGUCAUCGGAGCAGGCUGUGUUCCCGCCACAGGCUUCCUAAAACAAAGUGGCAUUCACAUGGACGCCAGAGGCUUCAUCACAGUCAACAAGACGAUGCAGACCAAUGUGGACGGCGUCUUCGCAGGAGGAGACGUGGUGACGUUUCCUUUCCCACCGCGUCACAAUAAGAAGGUCAACAUCCCUCACUGGCAAAUGGCUCACGUCCACGGACGGGUGGCUGCUCUCAGCAUGAUGGGCCGCCCUGCAGAGGUCAAAACUGUGCCUUACUUCUGGUCGGCCAUGUUUGGGAAGACUAUCCGAUACGCAGGUUUUGGGGAUGGGUUUGAUGACGUCAUCAUCCAAGGAGACCUGGAAGAACUCAGAUUCGUGGCGUUCUACACCAGGGGCGAGGAGGUGGUGGCUGUUGCCAGCAUGAACUAUGAUCCCAUUGUGUCCAGAGUGGCAGAGGUCUUAGGGUCCGGAAAGACGAUUAAGAAGCGAGAUGUGGAGAUGUUAACACGGCUUGGCAAGUACGGACCGAAACGUCCCGUCUCUGUCUGACUGCUGCGGGAGAGUGACCACAUGGUGAUGAGUUCUGGUUUCACUCUUGCAGGACGGGAGACAUUUCCUGGUUGAUUGACAAGGGCUCUCAAUGACCGAGGACCAUUGAGGGUGCGGAACAUUUUAAUGCUGUGUUUCUGAGGCGACUCGACAAAGGGACUGAAGGCGCCUGAGCAAUUCCUGGAGUUCUGCCACUGGACAAUUUGGACAAAAAAAAGCAAUAGUUGGAUCAGCUGCAAUGCUGCUACAUGGAGAAUCUACCUGUACACUUUGUUUAUAAGACGCCACGGAGACGGCAUUUUUGUACUAAUACCACUGUAUAUAUAUGCAUUUUAGGGCCUGUAGAGCAACUUUAACUGAUAAAAAACAAAUGAUUUGUUAGCUUGCUUGGAUGUUAUGAUCUGCAUGUAACAGUAGCUCACCUCCACAGUGAGCAGUCUUUGCUGUGUGGAACACAAACGGCAGCAAAACAGCUUUAACUGACUCACUAAAACAGCUUUAAUAAGUCACAUUAGUUAUCUAGUGAAUUGCACAAAUAUUAUCCUCAAUUUGAUUUCAGCACUAGGUGGCAGCGACAGGUCGUUUUUAAUAGAUAGAAUUGUUACUUCCUCAGGAAGCUGAGGCCUCCCCGGGUAACUGGGACUUCAUUUCAUAGUUAUAUUAAUAUGCUUGUGUAUUACUGAAUGAUCCCCUGAAUGAUGAUGUCAACACACAAUUUUAAAAUGCUCUUCCAGUAAAGAAAGUUUGAGACU